UUGACGAACAGUUUUAUGGAUGAAGAUGAGGAGCCCAUAAUUGUCUGUUUCAUCUGUCAAGCUAGACUCAUUCGAUGCAGAACAUUGCAACAACAGGCUAUUGAGUCAAAUGCAGUUCUGGAGCAGUUGCUUGCAGGAGGGUCCAAGUCAAUACCAAAACCACAUGAGGCUAGAGAUAAGAUUCAAUUCACACCAAUUAAUCAUAUAGAUAUCUGGCCAGUUGAGUGUGAUAUAGAAAAUCAUUGCAAGGAUGACAUUUUUAGCCUUGAAUCUGUUAAAGUUGAGGAAGAGAAAAUCGAAAAUGAGAAUUUCAAAUUUGAAGUAAACUGGAAUCAUGAAACAGAUACUGGUGAAGAACAAGAAGACUUGGAGAUUGAUGCUUUUGAAGAUCGACGUGAGGAUUCGGAGAACGACUUGCCACUAAUUUCAUUAGGUGCAAAGAGUAAACUAGAUGACGUUGACAUAGAACAACCCUGCAUACAAACAAAUAUAUCACCGACCGAAACUAACUUAGCUCGUGGAAGUCGUAGAGGCCGAGGGGUUCGUACUAGAGGUGGGAGGGGACCAUCUCAAGUUAGGAGAUCACCUAGUGAAAAUGAUCUGCCGUCUAACGACGGGAGCCAUAGAGGCCAUGGUAGUCGUGGCGACCGUGGCAACCAUUAUGGUGGAGAACGCCCUAACAGUCGGAGACACCGGGGAGGCCGAAGAGGACGCGGAGGACACGACAAUCAGCCCUCCCAAGCAAGGAUCAGUGAACUAGACUUAAUUCGCGCUCAGCGGCAGCUCACCCAGAAGCGUGUUGCAGCGCUGCCAGCAGAAGUAAAAAGGGAGCUUUUAACUCGCAAGCGUGACUCUGAGGUUGCUAGAGUUAUAAUGCCUGACGCGCCUCCGCGCAAAAGGCGCGCCCGAUUGGCGUCGCCGGAGCGCGAACCAUGCGAGUUCAUGGAACCAGAAUGUGAUAGCCAGCGUAAAAAAAUUAUUAUUUUAGAGGAUAUACAAUUGGUGCCACCCAAACACGCCGAAAUCAUGGCUAACGUCGAGAUACAUAACAUUCAACAAUCGCCGCCCGGGGAUGUCGAGAUAGAUGAAAUUGAACUAUCUCCGCCCAGGGACGUGGAGAUACAAGACCUGAAACCUAGAGAUUUGCUGCGUAUCGGUACGUCAGACCUCGAUACCGUCCCUUAUUCUCCCGACUACUUAGACAGUCUGGAUCCGGAUCGCUUAGAUACGGAGAUCAAUAGAGCCUUAAUGGCAAAAACUCCUAAAAAAAGGGGCAUACCUUCUGCAAAUUCUUCCUCAAUAAAUCCCUUGAUAGAUUGA